AACUUUUCAUACAAAGCGAGCGAAUUAUUUGUCCGAACGUGAUAGUGUCCGAGCGUGAUAAUUACACUCUCCACCUGAAACUAACUUUCUCCCGGGUGCAGUUUUAGGUGGAGAGUGCAUAAAUCUCAUGGUAGUAGUAAACGUAUGUUCACUUGUGAAUUAGAGUUGUGAUUGUUUGAAAAUCUUCUUCAACAAUUCAACGCCUUUGUAAAGGGCCGAACAGACCGAAUUAAAUAAAAUGUCAAGUUUUGUGAAAUUAAAAAAAGAUAAUGCAAUAGAUAUUAAAGGCGUAAAAACCUCUCUUCGUAAUGGACAAGUUACAUCAAGUGGUUGCGAUUCCCUUGAUUUUGUUCUUGGCGGUGGAUUAGAAAUUUCUUCUCUUUUCUUAGUCGGUGAAGAUAAAUAUGCUCGACAUUCAAACAUUCUCACAAGACUUUUUCUGGCUGACGGAUUUCAUCAUGGACACAAAAUUUACUUUGCAAACAUUGACAAUGACCCAAGGGAGAUUAUGAAAACAAUACCUCCUGGAACAGUUCAAGCAAAAGAAAUCUCGUCAGAACCUUCAGAAAAUGAUCUUCGCAUUGCUUUUCGUUAUCAAGCACUUCCAAAAAUUGAUUCAGUGCAACGAGGAUCUCAACCUUCUGUUAAUUAUGAUCUAUCAAAAAAAGUCGAUAAGGAAGUUAUUCAAAACAAUUCAGAUAUAACUUAUCGGUCUUUUUUCGAUGCUAAACAACGACGAGAGGAAAGUGACCAAACAUUCUUUGACAUAGUCAUUAAAGAUGUCAAGAAAAUUGCAAAAGAGAAUCAUGAAAACGUGUUGAGAGUUUGUAUCAGCGCUUUAGGAUCGCCUUUAUGGUACUCUCAAACAUUUUCUGAAGAAAUUUUAAGAUUCUUAGUUCAGUUGAAGUCACUCGCCAGAUAUAACGAGAAUAUUGUUUGCUUCUUAACAAUGCCAGUGUAUCUUUUAAAUGUCAUUGAUGAUCAGCUAAUUUACAGGAUAAGAAAGCUUGUUGACUGCAAUAUUGAUCUGGAGUCAUUCGACAAUGUAGACAAACAAACUAAUGCAGUUUUUAAGCAAUAUCAUGGUUUACUUCAUGUUAAGAAACUUCAAACUUUAUCUGCCCAUCAAUCCCACAAGCCGGAAUCCUUCGAUCUGGCUUUUAAAUUAAAAUCGCAUCGUUUUUUGAUAGAAAAACUUCAUCUGCCUCCUGAAUUAGAAGAGACUGCAUCUUCCAAAGCCCCAACAAUGAGUUGUGCUACAUCCGGUGUGAAAAUUUGUCAAAAUUCUGUUGAUAAUAAAGUUGCGCAAUUCACUUUAUGUGUGUCGGGGAAAAGGAAAAAAAUGGCAAAUCCUCGAAAAUUUUCGGAGAAGAUUGCGCUUUUAAACCAGAAGGAAGCGGAAGGCAAUGCUGAGUUUGAGCGAAUUAUGCGCGAAGUCUCGGAGGUGUCAGCAAAGGUAACACAAGCACCCCGAAACACAAACUUGAUAGCAACAACUUCUGCAUUUAUCUCCCGAUCAUUACCAAAUGUUAAUGCGCCAAUUAAUGACACAAACAUUGCGAACAUUAUUGAUAAUAAGGACGAAGCAACCACAUUAGCAGGUCUGCUGACGACACCAGGAUAUUCAAACGAUAUUACAAAGAAUUCAAACUCAAGUAAUGGUAAAGCUUCAUCGAGGGAGUCAAGAGGACGAAGUGUGGGUGGUGGGCCAAUGCGUUCAAGAAGUAGAAAUAUUGACACAUCACCGUACAGCAGCAAUAACACUGCAUACUUAAGUCCACCUGAAUCAGGAUGGAGACGAACAUCAUCAGAUUCUGCUAUUAAUCAGAGUCUAGCACAAGCUGAUGACAUUCACAACAGUAACGUUCAUAAUUCACUAAUGUUGAGUCCCCGCGCUCAUAAAAGGCUGGUAAACAGUAACAGCAUGAAAAAUCUUAAUCAUCAGCAACAACAUCAGCAGCAGCAACACCAUCAGAGUCCGACAAUGAAUCAACAACACAGUCACAGUCAACAAAAUAUGCCACAAUCGACUUUUGAUCCACAAACGCUCAUUCAUCAACAACAUCACCACCAAACAAAUAUCAGCCAACAGCAUUUGACAAUGAGCAAUUUACAAGAUGUCAAAUCAAGAUCAGCGUCAAGGCUGCCAGGAAUCAAUGUUUAUCAAACACAAAACGACGACACUCUUCAAAUACCAGUUGGUAACAGUACAGGAUCUCUACCCGACCUUACAUUAGUACAUUAUCAACAGUCGCCAAUAUCAGCUCCUAUUGACUUGGAACUAACGGGUAUGAUAAUCCAAGGAAGCAACAAUUCAACCUACACGCAACAAUCAAGUCCCAUACCUAUCGAUACUAAUCAUCAACGUCAUCAUCAACACCAGCAGCAGCAGCAACAUUCGCCGCUUCACCAUCAAAGUUACCCCAACAAUAGCAACCAAAUAAGUCCCGAAAAAAUGAUGAGUUACCGAAAUGCCAAUGCGGCUUCACCCUCAAAUCUUUCAUCGUCACAAGGAAAUUUAUCGAAGAAUAGCUACCGUAACAGUCCCCACACUCGUCCAAGUCCUGGUUCAAGUCCAAAUAGCGUGCCGGGCUUAUCAGCAAAUUUCGAUUCAAAUUCGAGUGCACCAUGCAGUCCAUCACCACUGACGACAAGCAACAAUGGACAAUUUGAUACGUUCGCGUCAGUCGACAACUUUUAUAUAAAUCCAUCAAUUCAACAGCAUUUUGAACAGUUCUCAUUAAUGAAUGACAAUUACAAUGCCAUGAUGGAUGAAAGCCCGAAUCGACAAAGUAGUCCUACAAACCAAUCGAACACACCAUCGCGGACCAAUGCAAGGAGCAGUAACAGCAACAAUCAUAUGAAUCAUCAGACGAACAAUAACAGUAAUAAUCAUCAGACUAGUAACGGUAACGGUAGUCCGCAUAGUCCAUUGAGUAAUGAUUCGAUGCUAGGUUCAAAUUAUGACAACAUGAAUUGCGAUAGUCUGAGGGGUAAUCUGAUAUUGGGAUCACCGGCACUUGACAGUGCUUUAAUGAAUGGUGUUGGUAGUGGUAAUGGCGGUAUUAAUGAUAUUAUGCUUGGUGGUGGCUUAGGAAGUGAUUCAAGUUCAAAACUUAUAACAUCGAGUAGUGCGGCUCUCCAAACAACUCGCAUGAUGUCACAGACAUCGCCAUCGCAUCAUCUCAACAACACUCAAACGACGACAAGCAUACCGGAGAUUGUCUUUUCAGACUAUUCGUCAGGUUCUGACUUUGCUCGUGACUUUCUGGCAGGUGAUAAUUUCCUAGAACAGCUUGGAACGACGGAACUACAAAUGUUUGAGAAUGCCAACAUCAUCGACCCGACAAUUGAAGAUGGCUUUAGACGUGAUUUAUAUUAAGAGAAGUGAACUUGAUGGAGCAUGGGACAAAAGAAAAAAAAAAUUCCUUUUUCAUUUCAAUUUAUCCCUGAUGAAUAAGAAACUUUUUAAUUAAAUUAAAUUAAAUGUAAGUGAAACGACAAAUGAAAUAUCCUAUCCUAAAAGGGUAUAUAAAAAAGUUUGAAACUUAAUGAUGAAACUUUAAGCUUAAACAAAUCAUCGAUUUAAUCGACCGUGUGGAUAGAAACAAAAAUGAUGAAAAAAAUCCUUGCGUGCAUUAGUUUUAACAGCUGAUUUACUCCGAUUCGCAUUAUCGAGAAGAGAAUCUAUUUUUAUAAUGUGGAUUUGCAUUUUAGUUUUACAAAAAGAAGAAUAAAAAAAAAUAAAUGAAAUCAAUAAUUAGAAACGAGACAAAGGCAAGACGAAAUCAAAUCGGGUCAAUUAGCGAGGCCAAAAACAAAAACCAAUUAAAAUAUAAUAUUUAUUUUUAAUGGAGACAUCCACCGGUUUAAGCAGACAUUUAAUUAACAAUUCGGUCAGAUUCGAAGAAAUCGAAUAGAUGAAGAAAUCAAAUGGCAAAGAAAAAUUUUAUUAUAUGUUGAAAAAAAAGAACUAAGAUUAAAAAGGAUUUUAGGGUAUUCGAUGUUUUUCAUUGAAUAAGAGAUUUUAAUGAUGUUUUCUGUUGCUCGACAAUUUUAUCAUUUAGUUAGUUGUAAGAUUACAUGAAGUUGAUGAGAGUGUAAUGAAGCACUCCCAAAACCAAACAAAAAAAAAAGAUACACAGACAGAAUUGACAAAAUCAUGCGAAGGCGAAAGCUUUUAAAAUCCAAUUAGAUAUAAUAAUAAAAAAAAGAUUAUUAAUUAAAUUUUCAUUCAAUAUGAAUUUCCUCUACCAUUCGAUAGAGAACUGAAGAAAAAAAGUUAAAACAAAUAAACAGUGAUUCUUAUUUCUUGCCACAGAAAUAUUCAAUUGAAUUUUUAAAUUUUUUUUAUAAGAUCGAAAGAAAAACUUUCUCGAACCUGACUCGUUUUCAAGUCUCUUAUGAGAACGUGGUCAAUUUUUGCAACAAUUAUCUCAACGUUCUUUAAAUUUUUCCUCCAAGAUAAAUGUAAUUACAGUUUAAGCGAAUAAAAAAAUCUUUUCCCAGCCAAUUGAAUAAAAUAUAAGAUACUGAAGACGCAUAAGAAGAAAAAAGUAAUCUAAUCAGCGCGAGACUUUAUCCACGACCCUCCAACCAAAACUUAAAAGCACAAAUUCAAUUUUUGAAAGGAAAGAGAAAAAAAGAACAGUCAAACGGUGUUACUCUAAGCAAUUUUUUUCUGUAAAAUCUGAUAACAUACAAAUGGAUUCAAAAAAUAAAAGAAAAUCUUCAUUCGAAUAUCAUA